GUUCAUCCAGGACAAAGAAAGAAUGACACAGGGACAUAAAUAGACAGACAGUGAUGGAAUGACAAGACAGAGCUAUGGGAGGCAAGAGCAGGAGAAACGCAGGUGAACUCCGCAAGGGCAGGAACUUAUGUGGGUACCACUGCCAGCCUGUAGCCUCCAGAAGAAAAACACAUGUCUGAAAAGUGAGCUGAAAAGUCCAUUCCUAUAGAGCAGGAGGGAGACAGACAUGGAAAGACAAACAGAUGUCCAAGAGAGAAACGGGCAUUUGACUAAGGGAGAGGCCUGGGGCAAAGACAUCCCUGGCACAGGCCCAGAGGCAGGUGAAGUCCUUUCGCCAAGUAUGGAUCCCACGGGGCCGCUGGCCAGCGCUGACGUUGGGAGAGUUGGCCCGGGACAGGAAAGCCUGGGCCCUCCUCCCCCAGGCACAUAAAAGCCAUCAUGGAGGGUCCAGGCACUGCUGCCAAAGGUGGACACCGCUCCGGAGAUCACCAAGUGGGCAGCAGAGGGCAGGCCCUGCUGCAGCCCGAGGCAACGAGGGUGUCCUGCAGGUGAAGAUCGUGGGGAGAGUCGCUCAGGGUAGGAGGGGUCCCAGUCACCUGUUUGUCCCACUGGGAGUCUAACCAGGGGGGGCAGGCUGGACUCGCGGGCCUUCUCCUUGGCCUCCCUGAUGUCCCUUCUCCUGCAGGAGCAGAGAUGGGCUUGAACGUCGGAGCCGCGGUGGCCGUGGGGCUGUGGGUCUUGGUGACCGUGGGUGUGGCAGCAGACCCGGUUGUGCAGGUGCCCCGACCCUGCCUCCUGUCACACUAUCGCUCGCUGGACCUCAAGGUUCUGGCGGCGGUCAAGGGUCUGAGGGACCGCUACGAGGAAGAGACGCUGACCUGGAGGCCGCGCACCUGCUCCUUUCGCCUGCGGCGGGUGCCUCCCAAGCCCGCGUCCUGUGCGCGGCUCCGUGUGGUGGCGCGCGGCCUCGCGGACGCCCAGGCAGUGCUGAGCAGCCUGCGCAGCCUGGAGCUGCUCCCCGGGACCAGCCCGGCCCUGGAGCUGCUGGCGGCCGCAGGGCGCGACGUGGGGGCCUGUGUGAGUGCCGCCUGCGCCCCUUGCCCCCUCUCCCCUCCCGGCGAAAGCCACCCGAUUUGCGCAUCCGUCCCGCUUAACGGAAAUCCAGGUGCAAGCCGGAUUCACGCCGUCUCACUGGAGCCGGUUCGGCCGGGCUGGUCCAGGAAGUCCCUCCGACCACCAAGGAGGCGCCACAAAGCACGGAGAGCUGAAUCGCCUCAAUGCCACGAAGCCAGGGUCAUCUUCAAUCUCCUGCGCCUGCUCACGUGGGACCUCAGGCUGGUGGCACUUUCAGGGCCUUGCGUCUGA